GCUGACUUUCCGCUCUCUCAUCAUCUUUCCGCGCUCUCGUCGCUUUUCUCUUUUACAAAAUCGUGCGGGCCAUGGCAUCAAGGGCCCUAUCUGCGACUCGCGCGGCCCUCCGGCCGCACAAGAGCGGUACACGCUUUCUCCCUCCCACCAUCGCCCGCUCCCUCUCUUCCACCCCCAAGACACUCACCCCCUCCGGCCCUCUGUCUGCCCGCAGCUCUCUCGUUGCUGCCUCCCGCCCGUCCGGCGCAAAACGAAAUGCCGCCGCUGCCGCGUUUGUGCCCCACCCCGUGGUCACCCCAGCCAAAGAUGGUGACGAGUUGAAAGAGCUCUUUGACGGGCCUUACUUAGCUCCAUCAGCCGGCCUAUUCGCCGGGCAAGAGGGACUCUUCACCUACGGACCACUCACGCACGCGAAGGCUCUGCGCCCGCUCACCGAGCGGACGCUGCUGCAUGUCCGCGCCAUCGUCGAACGGAUAGGGCGCGCGCCCACCGCCGGUCCGACAGAGCUGCGGUUGGUGGUCAAGAAUCUUGAUCGGCUCAGCGACCUCCUUUGCGGCGUCAUCGACAUGUGCGAGCUCGUGCGAAACGCGCAUCCCGAGCGCGCGUGGGUUGCCGAGGCAGAUCGCGCGUACGACCGGCUGUGCAGCUACAUGAACGAGCUCAAUACACAUCGGGGACUAUUCGAGGCGCUCGUCGCCACUCUUGAGGUGGAGCACUCGCCCCCUCUCUCCCACGCCGAGCGGCAAGUCGCGCUCACAUUUCUCCGUGACUUUGAGAAGAGUGGGAUCGAUCUCCCGCCCGAGCGGCGUGCGCGCUUCGUCGAGCUCUCUGACUCACUGCUGGGCUUGGGGCGGAGCUUCCUCUCGAAUGCUAGUGCGCCACCGGUUCCAACCCCGCCUGUCGAGAUACCCGAGGCUGCGUUGAAGGGGCUUCCGCCUCACUUUGUUGAUGCUGUCCCUCGUGUGAAGGGCGUUGCCCUCGUCGCCCCUGGAAGCUGGGAGUCGCAGGUGAUCGCGCGAUACGCGCCCCAGGGUGAAGCGCGGCGGUUGGCGUACGUCGGCAACGCGCGGGCGGAUCCCGACCGUGUCGGGGUGCUGGAGAAGAUGCUCGCACAGCGAGCCGAACUCGCCGGUGUACUUGGUAAAGGGUCAUGGGCCGAGGUCGCGCUCGUCGACAAGAUGGCUAAGACCCCAUCCAACGUCUGGGGCUUCCUCACCUCGCUCGCCGACCACCACCGCACCCAAGCAGCGGAUGAUGUUGCCGUCCUUGCACGGUUGAAAGCCCAGGCAUUGUCUGGCAUGGACAAGCCAGGCGAUCUGCCACCCCUGUACGCGUGGGACAGAGAUUAUUUCUCCGAGCGGCAUGUGCAGAACCUGGCGCCCGCCAGUCUCGCUCCACUCGCCCCGUACUUCUCCGUUGGUACGGUGAUGCGCGGUCUUUCCCGUCUCUUCUCCCGCCUAUACGGCAUCUCGUUCCGGCCAGCGACUCCAGCCCCUGGCGAGGUAUGGCACUCCUCCGUGCGCCGCCUCGACGUGGUCGACGAGGAGCAGGGUACCAUUGGUGUCAUCUACUGCGACCUGUUUGCGCGCGACGGCAAGCCGCCUAGUGCGGCACACUACACUGUGCGCUGCUCGCGUCGCGUGGACGACGACGAUGUGCGCGGCGACGGAUUGCCGGAAGGCUGGGAUGCGCGGUGGGGACCAGGCCUCGAAACCGAGGGCGACGCCGUGCGCGGCAUGACAGGGAGAUACCAGCUACCAAUCGUCGUGCUGUGCACUGACUUUGGGAACGACGCAAACCGGCCAGCGCUGUUGGGAUGGCACGAGGUCGAGACGCUCUUCCAUGAGAUGGGGCACGCGAUGCACUCCAUGAUCGGGCGGACGGAGUAUCACAACGUCAGCGGGACGCGCUGCGCGACGGACUUUGUUGAGUUCCCUUCCAUUCUUAUGGAGCACUUCGUCAAGUCGCCCAGUGUUCUCGCCUUGUUCGCGGAGCACUACGAAACGGGAAGACCACUCCCGCCUUCGCUCUUUGAGAACCACAUGGCGCUCCAGAGCUCUCUCGCGGCCCUUGAAACACACGGACAGAUUGUCAUGGCUAUGUUGGACCACCAGUACCACGCGCUCGUGCCCGGCGAGGCUGUCGACAGCACGUCUGUGUACACGGCGCUGCAGGAGCGCGUGGGCGUGAUCCCGCCGGUCGAGGGGACGGCGUGGCAGACUCAGUUCGGCCACUUGUACGGGUACGGCGCGACAUACUACUCGUACCUGUUCGACCGGGCAAUUGCCGGCAAGGUGUUCAGUACGCUGUUUGCCGCGGACCCGUUGAGCCGCGAGGCGGGGGAGGCACUCAAGAAGCGCCUGCUGUGCUGGGGAGGCGGGCGGGAUCCGUGGGAGAUGGUCGGUGACGUUGUGGGUGGCGCCGAGGGCGAGGCAGUCGCGCGCGGAGACAAGCGCGCGAUGGAGCUUGUCGGUGGAUGGUAUGUGAAGUAGGUGUUGUAUGCAUACACUGAUCUGGG